AUGUCUUACGUUCAAGGCAUCGGUACGCUUGCAGCUGGUGUAGCACUUGGUGUUCUUGCAACAAGUACAUAUUUAAAUCUAUGGGAUAAACGAAUACCAGCCAAUGAAGGUGCAUUACUUCGAUUUUCACCGGAUUUAUCAACACAAACUAUUCGAAGACUUGAUUCUAACUUUGCAGUAAGUUAUGAUCGACGAACACGAGUUCCAUUAUGGACAAUCGAACAUUUGACACGUGAAACAACUACACCGGGUAAUAAUGUUGAUCGUGGAAAUUCAGUCUUCCGAGAAGAUAAUUAUAUUCAUCCAUUUUUUCGUUCAACAAAUCAAGAUUAUUAUGGUUCUGGUUUUGAUCGUGGUCAUCUUAUUCCUAGUGCCGAUCAUCGUCAUUCUCAAGAAAGCAUGAAUAAUACAUUUUUUCUUUCGAAUAUUGCACCACAAGUAGGCAAAGGAUUUAAUCGAGAUAAAUGGGCACAUUUAGAAAGAUAUGCUCGUGCACUUGUUAAACAUUAUACAGGUGGUUUAUGGAUACUUACUGGACCAUUGUAUCUUCCAAGACUUGAUCCAGUUGAUAAUAAACUCUAUGUAAAAUAUCAAGUCAUUGGUUCGAAUCAAGUUGCUGUUCCUACGCAUUUUUUUAAAGUAAUUAUUGGUCAACGAAAUGAUGGACAACUUGAUAUUUAUUCAUAUUUAAUGCCUAAUGAACCUAUUGAUAAGGCUAUAGCACUUGAUGAAUUUCUUGUUGCUCCUGAAAUUAUCGAACAAAAUGCUGGUUUCUUAAUAACAACAGAUAAAGUUCAUAAAAAUCAAAUUCGUGCUAUCAAUCAACCAUGGAUUGAUUUCACACUUGAUCCGCCACCUUAUUCUAAACGUCAAAAAUCAAUAUCAGCACCAUCAUCAACUCCUUCGGCAGCUUGA